UGGACGAGUUCACCCCGCCGCCAUUUUGCCGCCCCGAUCAGCUGUCGAUGUACGCGUGGGAUCGCUAAAUCUUUUGCAAAUGCCGGGUUGCUGCGUGCCGCAGUGUUCGAAUCACUCGAGGAAUGGGUGGAAGGUAUACGGCGUCCCAACAAACGCCAAACGGAGGCGUCUGUGGCUCGUACAGAUAAAGCGCGACGACUGGGAGCCGAGCCGUUCGUCGUCUGUGUGCAGCGCCCACUUUGAACCCAGUGCAUUCGAGGAGAGGAGAGCUGAUGGGUGGCAAAAGCUCAAGCCGAAUGCAAUCCCAACUUUGUUUUCUUUCCGUCCAGCCAAGGGCGGUUGUCAGGUGGCUGCCACACCUGAUGAGAACCUGGAUGAGAGCCUGAGCUCUCCACCACCACCUGCUCUACCCAGUCCCGAGAUCCCACCAUCUGAAGAUGACUUUCCUGGCAUCUCAAGUGAUCCUCUGCCUCCUUUGCUGUCCUGUGAGUCAUACAAACCUGACCUGAGAGCAGUUUCUAUGGAACCGAUUCAGUCCUCAAGUCACGGAGAUGAACGUGCACUGUUGGAAAAGACCAGCUGCCCUCUGAAAGCCAAUGGGGACAUCUGGUUUGCAUGCUGUUCCUGCACCUACUUCACCAGAGAUCAGCAUGGAAUUGUGAACCACUUGGUUGCCCAUGGUGAUGAACAAGUCAAGUGCCAACCUCCUUUCACAUUUCCUGCUUCAAAGUUCAAAGUGCACAGCAACACUCAAAAGCACAGAAGUGAUAAGCUUUUCAAGUGCAAGCUGUGUCCUCGCAUCUUUACUUGGAAAUCCUCUUUGAUUGACCAUAAUCGAACACACAGCUGUGAAAAACCUUACAAGUGCCAGCUGUGUUCCAAAGCCUUUGCUCACAGAACAACACUGAUUAACCACAAGAGAACCCACAGAGGUGACAAACCCUUCAAGUGUAAGCUGUGUUCCAAAGAGUUUUCUUACAAAUGCAGUCUGAUCUACCACAUACAAACACACACAGGUGUAAAGCCAUUUAAGUGUGAGCUUUGCUCCCAAGAGUUUACACGCAGUUCCUCUUUGAAACACCAUAAUCGGAUACACAGUGGUGAAAAACCUUAUAAGUGCAAUCUCUGCCCCCAAGCCUUUGUUCGAAAUUCUGAGGUGAGAAGGCAUAAUGUAACACACAGCGGUGAAAAACCUUACAAGUGUGAGCUGUGUUCCAAAGCCUUUGCUUACAGGGGCGGUCUGAUCCACCACAAGAGAACACACACAGGUGAAAAGCCGUACAAGUGCAAGCUGUGCCCCCAAGAGUUUGCUUACAAGCGCAGUCUGACCUACCACAAACGAGCACAUACAGGUGUAAAGCCACUCAAGUGAGGUUUGCCCCCAAGAGUUUACACACAGUUCCUCUUUGAAAAACCAUAAUCAAAUACACAGUGGUGAAAAACCUUACAAGUGAGCUAUAUUCCAAGCCUUUGCUUGGAAGUCACAUUUGGAAAGCCAUAAUCAAACAUAAUGCUGUAAAGCCUUUUAAACCUUUGCUUCUUAGGCCUUUGCUAAAGAUAGCAGUCCGAUCUUUCACAACCAAACACACAUGAGGUCCAUUGAAGUGCACACUCUGUCUCCAAGCCUUUGCUAGUAAGUGCACUCUGACCCAUCAUUACGAGCACAUACAGGUGAAAAGCCCUAUUAGCCGUAUUCACCAGUCGUGACUAACUAGCGCCGUUUUAAAGUUAGUAUCGCGACUAAUUAGUCAUGAACUAAGAAAAAAUCGGCGACUAAGGAUCGACUAGUCCUGCGGUACUCACGAGCGCGAAGCGAGCGGGUGACUAUCUACUGAGAAGAAGCGGAAGUAACAAAAAGAUAGGUCACGCACACACAUACUUAAAUGUCGCUGCGUAAAUAGGUAUUUAAUCAUAUAAGAACUAAUAUUUAAACAUCUAUUAGGCAGAAAAAAGUUACAAUGAGAGACUAAUUGUCCGAGACAGAGUUUUAAAAAGAAAAAUGAAAAGAAACCCAAGGAAGAAAUACGAAAGCCGCAUUGCCAGCAACAUAAACAAAUAUGGAUGCACCCGUAUGUGCGUUUUUUCUUGCUUUUCAGCGUCCUGCUGAGGUCGCUUUAGCGGUAUCUCUGGCCAUUGAACAUGGCUAUUUACACAAAAUUUGCUCCUCCAAUUCUUUCUACAUGUGUCCCCCAGCCUUCCGAGACAGUAAGUGCUUCGUUUGCGCUGGCAGUCAGCGGUGAUACGAGUCGGCCAUGGCACUGAGCUGCUAGUCACCCGCUAAAUACCGGCUGAACUAGCCCUACCCCAUGACUAAGAUUUGUUAGUCGACUUAGCCGCACGGGGCGACUAGGCCCUAAACAUGACCGGUGAAUACCAAGCGCUCACUUAGCGGCGACUAUCGCUCGCCACAUGAUCAUUUUAGUCGACGACGUUGCUGUGUCGUCGUGUUUGUUUACUUCGACUACAGUGGUGAUUUCUAAGCAUUUGUGUCCUCGAACAUUGCCCGGAUUU